AUGAAAGUCUAUCGGUUUUGGUUCAAUGAACUGAUCCGAUUUGCAUCGGCACUCAUUGAAAUGCAGAGAUCGGCUAUUGAAAUGAAUGUCGUGGACCGACAACAGUUACAAUACGAACUGAACAAUUGGAACAACUGGUUAGCCGCCGAUGCUUUGCCACAAAUGACUAGGAAUUAUUGGGCACUGGAAAAGCUACAACUACUGUAUCGGCACAGUAUACUGAUUGGCGAUACAAGCAAUCAGCCGCCACUUGAUUUGAAACAUCCAAGACAUUUAAAAAACUUAGAUGAACCGCUAGCUUAUAAUUCUGAUGACAAUACAGAUGCCGAUGCCUACUGGGAAAUCAAUGCUGGUGGUAGUAGUGGUAGUGGGGCCGGUACCGGUGCCGGUGCCGGUCCAAGUCAUGUCAAGACAUCAACUAUAACAAAAUUUGAUCCGAUUGAACCCAGCGAUCAAAUUGUUCUCAUAGAUGACAUCUACCCUAUAGAUGAGAUCAUUCUCAUAGAUGACCCUAUGGAUGACAUCAAUCCCAUAGAUGACAUCAACCCUAUAGAUGACAUCAAUCUUAUAAAUCUAAUCCAUCACCACGAUCUGGUCGAUCAGAUCAAUGCCAUGGAUCCCAUCGCUCCCAACGCUCCCAUUGCUCCCAUUGCUCCCAUUGCUCCCAUUGCUCCCAUUGCUCCCAUCGAUCCCAUCGAUCCCAUGAUUUUCAUCAAUCCCAUUGGCCAACACCCUGAUGGACAUCAAGAUGACGAUGAAGAUAGCGAUACUUUUAGUACGGAUAGUGAACGAAAUCUUCCCAAACGUCGAAAGUCGUAAACCGUUACAAAACAAGAUCUACAGCCGAAUGACAAACCAAAUUGGAUCCAAAAUAUUUGGUAGACUAUUGUCUCAGAAAAGUACAAUCAAUGAACUAAUAAAAUAUGACGC